CCGUCUUCUUUGCAAAGGAAAAAUGGUGUCCUCGAUGUGGUUCCGCUGUAUAUUUGGGCCUCAUCUUCAGCGAAUUCACAGACCUCCGGACCAGUCUCAGACCGGGAGAAGAUCGGACAGAAGGGGAUGGACGUACCAUCCCAGGGGUCUGGAAAAACACACUGACAGCAUUCUUGGUUGGGCUUCAGUUCUGUGGUCCCUGUCCUACUACACCUCCCCUCUUCUCCUCUGCUAUCUUUACAGAAAAGGCUACAUCUGCAGCAGUAAGUUGAUUCCAUCAAGUCAGUACGUGGGAACUGUCCUUGUGUGUCUUCUUGGAGUUGCAUGUCUUAGAGGGUGGGGGAGAUGGAGGAACUCCGAGUAUGUUCAAUUUAUUUCAAUUCUUAAGGAAACUAAGAAGAAUCACACACCAGAAAACAAGAAAAAACUAAGGUGCUAUGACUUUGACUUCCAUUACUGGCCUUCAGAUUUCAGCUGGAAAGAAGUCAGCAAUCCGAAACUGUCCAAAGGUGGCGUUUCUCUGCUGAAACCAGAGCCCAGGCUGAGAGGAACAGCAGACAGUAUUCUUAACUCUGUGCGCACUUUACCAUGUCACAUCAUAGGUUUUCUUAUUGUUCACUCAUUUGGGAGGAGGAUGUUGUACCCAGGUUCUGUGGGUUUGCUGCAGAAAGCCAUGAGACCAGUGCUGCAGCAAGGCCAGGCUAAGUUAAUAGAAGAGUUUAACGGCCAAAGGAAUAAGCUGGUGGCCUGCGACGGUAAUGAGAUCGACACGAUGUUUGUGGACCGAAGGAAAGACGGGGGCACGAAUGGCCAGACUCUGGUCAUCUGCUGUGAGGGCAACGCAGGCUUUUAUGAGGUGGGCUGCAUGAACACACCACUGGAGGGCGGCUACUCUGUUUUGGGCUGGAACCACCCCGGCUUUGGGGGCAGCACGGGAGUGCCGUUUCCCCAGAAUGAGGCGAAUGCCAUGGAUGUGGUGAUACAGUUUGCUGUACACAAACUUGGCUUCCAGCUGAACGAUAUUAUAAUAUAUGCCUGGUCCAUCGGAGGAUUCACCGCUACUUGGGCAACAAUGUCAUACCCAGAGAUCCAAGCCAUAGUGUUGGACGCCUCCUUUGAUGACCUCCUGCCGCUGGCCCUCAAAGUUAUGCCUGAAAGUUGGAAACCAUUGGUACAACACACAGUGAGACAGUACAUGAACCUGAACAACGCUGAGCAGCUUCUCAAGUACCAGGGACCGAUCCUGCUGAUCAGGAGGACCAGGGAUGAAAUCAUCACCACAACGGGUCCAGAGGACAUCAUGUCAAACCGAGGAAACAACCUCUUGCUCAAACUGCUACAAUUCAGGUACCCCAAAAUAAUAACAGAAGAAGGGAUCAGAGUUGUCAGACAGUGGCUCAGUGCCACCAGCCCGUUAGAAGAAGCAUCUGUGUACAGUGGCUAUGAAGUGGACGAUGACUGGUGUGUGUCUGUGCUGCAGUCCUAUCAGACAGACAGAGACGUCUCGUUUCCAUGGAGUGUUGGUGAAGACAUGGCUCCAGAGGGAAGGCGGCAGCUGGCUCUUUUCUUGGCUCGGAAGUACAUGCGAAACUUUGACUCGACACACUGCGCUCCUCUCCCUGCCGCAGAGUUCCACUCGCCUUGGAGACUGUAAAAAAUAUAUAUAUUUUUAAAGGGAUAGACGGAUGGAUGAGAGGAGAAGUAGCAGAGUUGGAU